AUGCCUCCCUCCGUUGCCUCUGUUGCCGACACCGACCUCUCGACAGAGCUAUCGACUGUCCAGACCUCCUCCGACCGUACGCUAAUACGACUGCCGCACAUCCUGCAACAGAUCAAGGCACAGGAGAACAUCCAGGACGGCGAUUUAGGCCUGAACUACAAGGACUGGCCGACAUCGUGGAUUUCCGAUUACGACGUUUUCCUUGUCGAGAUGGAUCGCAAAACCGGUGCUGAAGGUCCAACUUCCAUUG